AUGCAAGCUCACAACCACGAAGAAGAGUUGUGGUCGCACACCGCCGACUCUGGGCCGAUGGCAUCACCAACAGCCAUGUUGCAUGGCGCUGAACCCCAAGUUCAUCCUUUUCUGCCUUAUAAGCACGAUGUGGUGAUCUACCAGGACCGCUCGCUCCUGCGCCCCGUCUUAGUCCUUCUGGCCUCUUGCUGGAUCUGGGAAACUGUCUCUUUUCUGGCCGCCGGGGCCUUCUUCGGGAUUUUCCUCUGGCUCUUAUUCAAGUACGAUGGAAAGCUAGUUGAGACAUGGGCUGACAAUGGUCCUAUCUCCGGUCUCUUCAAGACACUGCCAGCUGCCAUUUCCUUCCUGGCCACCUUAAUGAGGGGGGCAAUGCUCUAUCCUGUCCUGUCGGCGAUGGGGCAACUGAAAUGGCACCAUUUUCGGAGGACGCGUCCAAUGUACGAUUUCGAAGUUAUUGAUAAGGCAACUCGAGGAUACUUGGGUUGCGUUUUCCAGCUUCUGUCUGGGACGGCCCUCCACAUGUUCUCCGUGGGAUCCAUCAUCAUCCUCGGCACAAUCCUCCUCGGACCCUUCCUCCAGAACGCAGUUCAGACGCACAACAGAUUCUACAGCAACACCACGAUGGGCGAUCCAAAUGCGGUCCUCGCAGUCUCAAAUCGAUAUGAAUACCCCGGAGUUCAGCCCAAUGAGACCGUCACCGAUAUUGAUACGAGAGUGGUUAGGAAGCCGGGGCUCCUUGAAUACGGCAUAUCUGAGGCGGGAAACGUUGCCACCUCGUUUACUACGUCCUUGUUUAACGAUCCUGUCUACGCAAGACUGGCGAUGAGUGUCAAUGAAAGCAUCCCGGAGAAUAGUUCCUUUAAGGGAGAGGAACCUACCCUGGCCGUCCUGGCCCAUGUAGUUAACGCAACAGGAACGUUCAAGUCCACCAGCGAAUAUCUCCUACAUAAUAACCGGACCCUGUUCGACAUCCGAAGCCGGCCGAACGAUGACGUUCAUCUGGCUGAGCCCUCUACCUGUACCUUCAAUGGGACCGUCCGACCUUGCAACUACACGAUACAGCGGUCGGCCCAUAGAGGACUCCAACAACUCUUGACACUCUUCUUAAACAUGGCAUCCGGCUGGACUCCCGAUGGCCCCAUUCAGAAACUUAGAGAACUGGAUUUCUCAAACCCGAAAGCUGAGAUGUUCUGGUCUAGUCUCGUCGACCAAUUCGAACUGGGGGUCGAUGAGCCCCUCGUCGAGACAAUGUUCAUUUUUCUAGAUCGGGUGGCACAGUUCACGACAAAUAGAAUACGAGCCGCAUCGAAUGCCUCCGAAUUCGGUGAAGCUAGGACUCUGGUAGCCACUGCCUGGAGAACUAGAAAAGAAGAACUAUGGAAGAAUUCGCAGGCGGCGGUGUUAUAUCAUGGAUUCAGCGACAAUGGCCCAAGGGACGAGGUGCCCAUCUUGACGGUUGCGGAAAUGGAGAGAGCCGCAAAAGCGACAUAUGCUCGGUUAGAGGAUGACGGUACUAGGGUAAAGCUGAAGAUUAUGGGUUAG